AUGUCUUUUUUACCUUCUAAAUAUGCGCCAGAAGGGAUUAGUAUGAAGGACUCUUCCCGCACAAUCACCAUUGACCGUCGACCGUCACAGGGACAGAUUUCCAAGCCAACUCCAGUCUCCCCGAUUAAUACUGAUACAGACAUUGAGAUGGUAUCAAUAGAUGAGGAUGAAGAGGAAAGAACCAUCUCGCAAGUAUUAACUGAAAUAAGAGGAACCAAAGUUGACUCUGACGAAAUGGAAAUAGAUGUUUUUGAAACUGCUCCACCGUUUACCACGGUGGGAAUCACUAGUAGUAAUUUAUCAUACUUGAUAGUUGAUACCAACUUCAUGUUGGCACAUCUAAGCGUGAUAAAUAAGCUUAUGGAGCUUGCGGCCGAUUACCAAUUACGGAUAAUUAUCCCCGUUGCCGUGAUGAGGGAAUUGGACGGGUUAAAGAGUUCUUCAAGAGUGCUGGAAUCAACAGGAGGCAAAUCAAUUGGUUCAUUGGCAAGGUGGGCUAAUAAUUGGAUCUAUUCUGUUUUGGCAAAGAAUAACUUAUAUGUGAGAGGUCAGAAACAAAGACAAAAACUUAAUUCGAUACAUCUUAAUAACGAUGAUUCCAUAUUGGAUUGUUGUCUAUACUUUCACGAGAAUAAUCCUACCAGUAUCAUUGUGCUUUUAUCUAAUGAUAAGAACUUGUGUGCCAAGGCAUUAAGCAAUUCAGUACUAACCAUUAGUUACCAAAACGAACUAACUCCAGAACUUAUAGCAUCAACAAUACUCCAAGAGAGCAUACAAAGAUUCGGAGAGAACACGGAUAUAAGCUCUGGUGCUAGCACCAAUCUCAGAGUACCGUUGAGUGCUAUGAAUUCAGUGAUUCACAGUAACAAGAAUAAUGCAACAUUGAGUAUCGAUAUACCCGAAACAAUUGCAAAUGAAGUGCUCAUCUUACUCAAAUCAGUAAUAAAGCAUUGUUUGGAGAAAGAAUAUGGCAAUGAAUUGGAUCUUGUUCGGGGUUUAGAUAUGGACUCUAUCGAGACUAUACAUGAUUGUACUAUGACCAUGAUAAGGUUCUGGAUACCCGUAUUCUCCGGGUACUUUAAAAGAUCCAACGUCUUACCCUUUGAAAGACAAGAUAAUAGUAAGCAUAAUAGCUAUAAUAACAAGGUUCCUACUCAUACAAAUACUCCUAAUUCCAAGCAUGAGGCCAUUGAAUUCAUUGAGUUUUGGAACGACAUCUUAACUAUCUUAUAUUCUCAAAUCAUGACAGAGAAACAGAAUGAAGAUCUUCUUUUGCUUCACAAUCGUUGGCAAAACCUUAUAAGUUAA